AUGGCGCUACAAAUAAGUGGUCCUGGUUUCGUGGUAACAGCUGGACUUGAAUUGAGAGAAAUACCGGAGGACUGGGCACAGGAUCUGGAGAGAGUUUCCUUAAUGUGUAAUGAUAUGACAGAAAUUAAGGCAGGGAUAUCACCAAGAUGUCCUAAAUUCUCAACCUUGAUGCUACAGGAAAAUCGUUUGAGGAAAAUUCCAGGCUCUUUCCUUUUGCAGAUGUGUGCCCUUAAAGUUGUUGAUUUAUCUAGAAAUGAGCUUCAGGCAUUAAAGGAGUUGGACCUUGGAGGGACUGGUAUAGAAGAAGCACCUGAAAGUAUGGCAAAUUUGGUCAACCUGAAAGUCUUGUAUAUGGAUUGUCUAAAGGAGAAUGUUGUUGUAGGAGAAGAGAUAUUGCAUCAAAUGAGGGAUCUCGAAAAAUUUGUUGGCCGAUUCAGGGAUGUGAGAAGAUUUCCCUCACGGCUAAAUGCCUACUCUAUAAUAGUUGGAUCCGGAAAUGUUCAUGAUUUUGAUGUAAUGCAGCGGUAUUCUUCUAGAGCAGUAAUUUUAAAGGGGUGUAGUGUGAAUACAGAGAUCCUUGUUUAUUUACCUCCUAACAUUGAGUACCUUAAUUUUCAUUGGUGUCAUGAUUUAAGGGCACUUCCAUGCGGCACAUUUUCAAGUCUCAAAGUGUUGAAAAUAGGUGGGUGCCCAAGUAUCAAGAAGUUGUUCACACGUGGCUUGCUGCAGCAAUAUCUUCCUAGCCUGGAAACAAUCAGAGUCUGGGAAUGCGAGCAAAUGGAGGAGAUAGUAGCAGGUGAAGAUGAAGGAGAAGUCAGUGGCACAUUUUCAAGUCUCAAAGUGUUGAGAAUAGGUGGGUGA